AUGUUGAUAAUGGGUGUCGGGAAGUCUAAAAUAGACCCCUGCCCUCUCUCUCUGCCCUGGGGUAAAAGUCCAAGUGUGGAUAUGAGUCAGAGACCUCAUGAGGCAGAUUCCAAGAAAUCCAACGACAUCUCCCUGCGUGACAUUGCCGAGCAUAGCCACGGUGCCCUGAUGCCCUCUGGAGAGCGGGAGGGCACUGAGGCCCCAGAAGAGGUGCCCGAAGAGGAUGAAGAGGAGGUGUUCCUCAAGUUUGUGAUACUGCACGCAGAAGAUGACACAGACGAGGCCCUCAGAGUCCAGAAUCUGCUACAAAAUGACUUCGGCAUCAAACCCGGAAUAAUCUUCGCCGAGAUGCCGUGCGGCAGACAGCACCUGCAGAACUUAGACGACGCCGUAAACGGGUCUGCCUGGACCAUCUUACUGUUGACCGAAAACUUUUUAAGAGACACCUGGUGUAAAUUCCAGUUCUACACGUCCCUCAUGAACUCCGUGAACAGGCAGCACAAGUACAACUCCGUCAUACCCCUGCGGCCCCUGAAUAAUCCCCUGCCCCGAGAAAGGACUCCCUUUGCUCUGCGAACCAUCAAUGCCCUAGAGGAAGAAAGCCGUGGCUUUCCUACACAAGUGGAAAGGAUUUUCCAGGAGUCUGUGUAUAAGAUACAACAAUCUAUAUGGAAAGAGACCAGAACUACCCUGCAGAGGCAAUCGAUCGCCUGA